AUGGAUCAAAAACUGCAGGAGGAGAGGAACAUCCCCAGGGCCGCCCGGGCGGCUUUCUGCCUCCUGCAGAUCCCGGAGCCGGACCCCUUCAGCCUCCUCACCUGCGUGUGGCCCGGGUCCCGGCGGAGCGCUAAUCCUACAAAUCCCCCCCGGCAUUUCUCCCAGGAGGGGUCCCUGCGAGCGCGGAGCUCCCCCCUGGCUGGGAGCCCUGCUGGGAAGCGCACCCAGCCCUGCCCGGGGGCGAAUGCCUGCGCAGGGCACGGCCUCCCCACGCUGGGUGCCAGGGUGCCAGCGGCCGGGCACGGCGCCAGCCUGGGCAAGGAGGGACCGGCGGUGGGCGCGGGGAGCCGCCAGCCCCGCCGCGACGGGACGGGAUGCGACGGCGACACCCGGCCCGGACACGGGGCCGCUCGGAUCCGCGGCAGCAGCACGGCCAGCGACGCGAGGAUGGGGGAGAGCCCGGCGCGCUGGAGAAGGGCGGCGGAGGCAGCGCAGGACUCGCGGGGCAUGGAGAGCAGCGCCAUGCUGCUGUCCCGGAGCGCCGGGGCCGAGCUGGGCCUCGCGGCCUACCCAGAGCCCGGCGAGCUGAGCUACACCCUGGAGAAAGGCUGGAGGAGCUCCGAGGGGUGCUUGGGAGCCGGUGCCCACCUGGGCUGCCCCUACCCGCGGGGCGCCAAGGACGGAGCGGAGCUGCCCCCGCUGCUGCCCCCUCGGAACGGGCAGCCCAAGGGCGGCUGGGGGGAGCCCUGCAAGGAGCCGCGCUGGGCCGAGGCCGUGCUGGCCCCGCUGGCGCUCUACAGCCACUCGUACCACCGCUACCACCCCCUGGCAGUGCCCGGCAAACCCCGCGAUGCGGCCGGAGACCCCUCGGCCUCCUUCCAGCACUGCCCUUUCCUCGUGGAGGCCAAGCACAGCCCCUUCCUGCUCUCCUCGCUGCUGCCCGGCGCUCCCCGCGCCGAGCCCGCGUUCGAGGGGCCGGGCCCGGUGGGGAACGGGCGCUUCGCCGGCCCGGAGUGGAGUCUGGGCUCCUACGGGCCCGCCUGGGGCCAGCCCCUCUACAUGGGGGUCCCGCCGAGGUGCAAGGCGGCUCUGCCCCCCUUCGACGGCUGCUGCAGCUCAGGGAACAAGGAGUUUUACGCCAAGAAAGGCGCCGGGUUCCUCGCCUCGAGCAAGAACCACGCGGCGCCGCCGCUGCUGGGCAGGGGCCAAGCGGGGCCGGAGCGGGCCGGGGAGGGGGAGCCGGCGCUGCCGGAGCUGCCGGGAGCCCCGUGGGGGGAUGGCAGGGCGGGGGGCAGCUCGGCGGUGCCCCCUCCCCAUCCCCAUCCCCAUCCCCGCACGCCGCCCCCCGGCUCCAGCCGCCCCCUGCUCCUCCUGCAGCCCGGCCCCUGGGUGGGCUCACGGCCGCACGGCGCUGAUUUUUCCAUGGACACGGGGCCAGGACGACCCUCAGAGCCCAAAGAUGCCCCCAAAGAGCCCAAUCCCUCGGCGGUGCUGGCGGACGGGCACUACCCCGCGGCUCUGGCCAAACCCGAACCCCCCCCGGGCUGUCUGUGCCCCACCCCGGGCUGCCAUGGGCGCCCGGGGGUGCCCAACCCCUUCGAGCCCGCCUCGGGGCGCUUUCCGUGCCCACCCAGCAACCACACCAAGCUGAAGAAGACGUGGCUGACGCGGCACUCGGAGCAGUCGCUGCCCCGCUCCAAAGCCCCGCGGCGGGACGGGGGUCCCGAGCCCCCCGGCGAGGGGAAGCGCUCGGCCAAACGCCCCCACGGCCCCGCCGAGGGUCCCCGCGCCGCCAGCGAGGGCGCGGCGGCGGCCAAAAGGGGCUCCAAGAGCACGGGGGACAGCGAGGAGAGGAGGAUGGAGCUGGGGGAGGAAGAGCCGCGGAACCGCCGGUGCCUGCAGAGCCUGCCCUGCACGGCGCUGCCCCCCAGCAUCCCCCGCUGCUGGGCCUGCGCCCCCCGCGGCCGGAGGGACCCCCGGGGUGAGGAGGAGGAGGAGGAGGAGGAGGAGGAGGAGCCCCCCGAGAGCAGCUGCAGGCUGCUGCACUUCCGCAGGUUCACCCUUGGGGACAACGGCGAGCUGAGCGUCGAUGGCCUCUGCAGCCUGGGGGACACCCAGGGGGACGUGGCCGACCCCGAUUGGGGUGUCAGGGAUGUGGGGGGCAGGAAUUUGGGGAGCAGGAGCGUGGGGAGCAGCGUCUGCCUGGCCAAGCACCUGCUGGGGGUCCUGGGGGACCCGUUCUGUGCCGCCGUCCGCGGGGACAGGGACGCGUGGCCGGGAGGGCCCGAGGGGGUGCCGCGCUGGAGGCGGGCGGAAGGAGCCCCCCAGCUCUGUGACCGCUGCCAGCGCGGCUUCUUCAACUCGCACUGGAGCUGCGCCAGAUGUGGCUUCCAGCUGUGCCCCGAGUGCCACCGCAGCAGGCGGGAGGAGAGCGGCGCCGAGGAUCCGGCGCUGCCACCCGAGUGCGCCCCCGGGCGGGACCACCGCGUGUCGUCGCUGGUCCCCACGCAGUUCCUCCCCACAUGUGUCCUGACCCGGCUCUGGAAGCUCCUCCACGAGGUCCGGGCCAAGUUCGGCAUCGAGUCCCGCUGUCCGUGCGGGGAGGGGGCGGCGGAACAGAGCCUGGAGCAGCCCCCGGGCAGGCAGGAUGCCCACGGCCCCCGGGUGUUCCAGGAGCCGCCGGUGCCCGCCGUGCCCGCCCGCAGCAGCCCCGAGCCCGCCCGGAAUAUCAAGGAAGAGAGCGCCGAGGAGGGGGCGCCGCCCGCGGGGCGGGGGGGGCCCGUGCAGAGCGCGACCCUGUGCGACCUGCUGGCAUCCACGGCCGUGAAGCUGUGCCUGGGGCACGACGGCGUGCGCAUGGCAUUCGCUCCCGUGGCACCGGCGCUGCCCAGCGACAACCGCCUGACGAGCAUCCUGGACAGCAUCAUCGCCCGCGUGGUGGAGAGGAAGCUCCAGGAGCGGCGGGCGGGGCCCGAGCUGAGCCCCCCCGGCCCCCCGGAGCCCCCCGGCUCCCACAGCGUGCUGGGCCCCGGCGGGCUCCUCUGGCUGCACCGGCCCGGCCCCGGCGGCGGCUACGGAGCGUUCCAGGAGCACUGGAGGCACGGCCAGCCCGUGCUGGUGUCAGGGCUGCAGAAGCGGCUGCAGCCGCGGCUCUGGGCGCCCGAAUCCUUCCAGCCCGCGGGGCAGGAGGAGGAGGAGAAGGAGGAGGAGGAGGUGAAGGCCGUGAACCUGCGGGCGCCGCGGAGCCGGGUCCGGAUGAGCCGCCGGAGGUUUUGGGAUGGAUUUGCCGCCAGCGCAGCCGAGCGGGAGCGGGGCAGCGGGGACCUGCUGAAGCUGGAGCGUGGCUUUGGGGACACGGAGCUGAGCCGGGCCACCAACCUGCGGGCCAGCCUGCCCCUGCCCGAGUACUGCGGGGCCGGCGGCCGCCUCAACCUGGGCUCCUUCCUGCGGGGCCCGCGGGGCCGGCGGUGGCUGCGGCCGCGACUCUGCGUGGCCUACGCUGUGCCCCCUCAGGAGCAGAACGUGGGCACCAAACCCCUGACGGUGGAAGCGGCCGAUGCCAUCAGCGUCCUGGCACACGCGGUGCCCGCAGCGCGGGAGCCGCUGCUGCCCGCCGAGCUGGCCGAGCUGGAGGCGCCGCUGCGGGAGCGGCUUGGGGCGGGCGCGGUGCCCGGUGCCCUGUGGCACAUCUUCCGCGCCGAGGAUGCCCCGCGGAUCCGGGACUUCCUGCGCAAGGUGGCGCAGGAGCCGGGGCAGGAGGCGGUGGAGCCCCCCGGGUUCCACCUGGAGCCCCCCGGGUUCCACCUGGAGCCCCCCGGGCUGUACCUGGACCCCACCUUGCGGCGGCGGCUGCGGGACGAGUGCGGGGUUUGCGGCUGGAGCCUCCUGCAGCUGCCCGGGGACGCCGUGCUGGUCCCCGCCGGGGCCCCCCACCAGGUGCGGAGCCUGAGCGGCACCAUCAGCGUGGAGCAGCGAUUCCUGUCCCCGGAGAGCGCCGUGCGCCUCCGCAACCUCGGCACCGGGACCCCGCGGAGCCUCCGCGCCCAGCUGGAUGGGAUGAUCAUCGCGGCCGUGCGGGAGGCGCUGGGGGUGCUGCGGGGCUGCCAGUGAGGGCUCGGAGCGACCGGAGGGCACCGGGAGCCUCGGGAACAACCGGGACACCUCCGGGAGCCUCGGG